AUGAAGUACUUAAUCGUUUUUGUUGCCGUUAUUUCUGCGGCUGUAGGUGAUGAGGCAAUUACUGCUGAUGAAAUAACCAGAUUGAGGACUAUCUCAACAGAAUGCGAAACCUCUAGCAAAGUUGCUCGCGAAAAGCUCACUGAUAUGAGAAAACAUAAACAUUUCGAUGACGACGAUCAACACCUCAAGGAUUACAUGUUCUGCGUGUUCAAGAAAAUCCACUGGAUGAACGAAGAUGGAACCGUUGAUGCGGAACACCUCAAGAAGGACGUUCAUAGAAGCACCGACUCUCUCAUCGCCAUGAGACAUUGCAAGGAAACGAAGGGCAGCAAUGGGCCGGAACUUGCAUACAACAUUUACAAAUGUUAUUUGCAACAUCUCCCCGCCGAUUACAAACAUCCUCUAUAUAAAACACAACUCACGACAAAAGUUUAA